GUGGAGAGCUGCGUACCCUCUUCUUUCAAAAACCCAACAGUUCCGAGCAUUAAUAAUGUUUGCCCUGUUGAGUACCAUGCAAUGAACUAUCUAUGGCACUGUGUCUACUAUGAAUCCCUAAAAUGCUAACAGUGUUGCCUGCACUAUAUCGGAGCAAAAUGUUACUGCAGAAGUAUGACAACAAAUGACAGCUGUUCGCAGUAUGCAUCCUCAAUGAAAGUUAAACCCUACGGGCCUGUGUAUAUUUCAAGACGUAACUGGUAGUUCUGUUCGCCACGAUGUGUCCAGUGCGUUUCAGGAUGCUGUGGCUGCUGUUCGGCGCUCAAGCCCAGAUACAAACGACUUGUCGACUCGAUCUACCCGAUCAAUCCCGAGGAUAGCUUGGUCAAAAUAUCAAUGGAGAAAUUGACUUUCUACGCUGUCAGUUCUCCAGAAAAGCUUGAUCGUAUAGGCGAAUACAUUGCUUAUCGGGUGCAACGUGAUAUCCACCGUGGACGGGAUCAAAACGUAGAAAUGUCGAUGGAGGCCAUGGACUCAUUAUUGGUUGCAUGUCACUCACAAAGUCUGAAUCUUUUCGUCGAGUCCUUCCUCAAGAUUGUCCAGCUUCUACUAGAGAGUCAAAAUCCCGAACUUCAACUGUUGGCUACCCGAAGCUUCGUGAAGUUUGCCAAUAUCGAAGAGGACACCCCUUCCUAUCAUCGACGUUACGACUUUUUCGUGUGCAAAUUCGCUUCGCUUGCCCAUUGCACACAUAGCGAUACACAAAUGAUGACAAGGUUGCGUAUGGCAGGCGUUGAAGGUCUUCAGGGCGUUAUACGUAAAACUGUUAGCGACGAACUUCAAGUAAAUAUCUGGGAAGAUUUGCAUAUGGGCAAAAUUGUGCCCUCACUGCUCUUCAAUAUGGCCGAGAAGCUCCCGUCAGCAGGCGACUCCGAUGAGCAAGGUCCGACCAGUAGGCUUCUUCGGCAAGGCGGAAUCGACCUGUCUUCCCCGAGUGUCCUGGACGGCUUGGGUUGCCAAGAUGAUUCGAAGCAAACGCCCGAAUCAUUAGCGAUCACCUGUUUCCGAGAGCUCAUGUCUCGUGCUACCUAUGGCCAUAUCAACUCAGUGAUAAAGCCUGUUCUUACGCAUCUCGAUAAGCACCAAUUAUGGGCUGCUAAUGACAACACGUUCGCAGUUCAUGUCUUCAAAAUUAUCAUGUACUCGAUACAGGCACAGUACUCCUACGCCGUCAUUCAACUUUUGAUGGCCCACCUCGACAACAAGUACUCCUCACAGAGCCGUACAUUCCACCUUGAGCGUACGGGUAUAGUAAAAGUACUAUAUCACAUCGUCAACAUUGCUGCCUCCGAAAGUGUGGGGCCAUCCGUUCUCGACAUCUUCCAUUCGCUUCUAAACCAUCUUCGAAGAUCGAUUCAGCUUGACAAUGAAGAAAUGGAAGCUAACUUUCAAGAAGCCGUGAUUGAAACGCUCGGCGAGUUCGCUAAUAAUUUACCUGACUACCAAAAGACCGAGAUUAUGCUAUUCAUAUUAAGUAAAGUACCACAUAGGCCCGAGGGUGACACCGCCGCUAGCCCGACAGAAGGCGAACUUCAGAGAACAAUGCUUCGCUCACUUCUAACGGUCGCGACGAAGUAUUCCACAGUCAACCUCAACCAGGCUCUACCAGUGAGCUUCUUGCAGUCCAUCUUGAGAAUGUCACUAGCUCCUGAUCUAAAUGUGCGUAUUAUUGUGCAAAAAAUUCUCCAGACGCUUCUUGAUCGACACGACAACUUGACUAAGCUGGAACAAGUGGGCUUUGUUCCAUGCACAGGAGAUCCUUUGCCGACCCUGUCCGUGGAGAAGUGCUCCCGCCAGGACGCAGUAUUUAUGCGAAAACUGGGCCCUGAAAUACUCUACCAUAUGUACGCGGGUAUUCUGCUGAGGUCGAACACCUAUGAUAACUUUGUGUCAAUUUACAUUACGAUGGCAUUAAUCGUUAUUGAACUCGGUUCCGAAGAAUUACUUACAGAGGUUCUUCGAAUCAUGUUCGCAUUGCAGGAGGAGAUGCAGAAAGAACCAACAGAGAACUCCGUUUACGUUCACCGGUUCAUCGCAUCGUAUCUCUAUUUGGCUUCGAGCCUCACAUCAAUUCCUGCGAUGUUAACACACGUCAAUGAGGUGAUUUCUGCUCGAGUUGACGAAUGCCCAUGGCUGCUUCCUGGACCCGCACCCACCUCGCAUCCCAACUCUCCCGGCAGCCUUCAGCUGGCCGACAAAUACCUCUUCAAUAUGAAGUCGAUUGGGGAAGCUCUGCACUCGUCUGGUCAUGACACUUCAAAGUUGUUCCAACCGUAUACUGCACCUGCGGCACUUCCCAGUGGAGUAUCCGCGCAGCGUUCCAUCAUGGUAAACUUACAAUCGGCAACGUUUACGAGCGCAGCUCCGAAAGCGGCGACCGAUGGGGCCCAGAAUUCUGCCUCGUUCGAUCUUGGUUCUGUUGAUUCGUCUCCUGGAACCGUAAAGAAAUUUGUCGAUUUAGAAGACGUUAGCGUCAAAGCUUUCAAGGCUAUGCUGGGUCGCACAACGACGGCUGGUGCUGAACAAAGACGUGCCGAGGUUGUUAAUAUCUUCAAAACGACGCCCUUCAAACAGCUUUGCCAAGACAUGAACCGUUCUUCCGCGAAAAAUCUUCAAGGGGCACUCACCGAAAUCUUAGCUAUGGUCCCACUGGAUAGCGUUGAGAUUCCAAGCAAGGUCGAAGCUGAAAUGGUUCUACCUUCGUUUCAGACGACCUUUCCCGAUCUAUUCGUGUAUUAAACUGCUCCUCCUACUCCUAUAUUCGUUACGAUUAUUAAACGAUUCGUUGUUAUUGUUAUGAUGUGCUGUAAAAAAAUAUUUGUGGUUUAGAUAGAAUCUAAUAGAAAAACAAAUCCGAAGGCGAUCAUGUACGAGAAAAAAUUAGACAUACCUUCAGAUUUGCUGCUUUUUGCGUCGAGUUUUACGUCGAGUUAACUUCUGGAGAGAGGAAUCGUCUACUUUUGUCCGACACACAGCACAGUUCUCAAAUAAAGUUGUAUAAUUGAAUUCGUUAAUGCUGCGUGUAUCAUACUACGAAAAACAGAUUAGGAAACAGGUUACAAUAAUUCUAUCGUAUAGUAAGUAGUUAGUUCUAGGGCUAUAUUCGAUGCUGCUGACUGAUGCAGCCUAGCUAAUAAUUGUCUCGGAUCAAAGAGUUCAUAUGGAAAGAGACAUAUAUCUAGAUACAUAGGCACGAACAAUAAAUUGAAUAUUAAGAACAAAAUUUGAGGAAAGAAAAACAAAUAUGUUAAGCUAUCGAAAGCAAAUUAUUGCCAGUAGCAAAUUAUUUUCAUCAAUUACUACGUGAGCUGCCAUUGUAAUUCGGCGGCAUUUUGUCGUCUGACGAAAAACAUGUUGAAUCAUAUCAGAAGGGACCUGUACGUUAGUCGAAUCCUGAACACAACUCAAAAUACUGAUAAAUUUUUAGAACUCAUUUGCUUAAUUUAAUGGUUCUUCCUAUAGGAAAUUGAUAAUAAACCUAUUAUUUCACUUAUUUUUUACAAUUAUGAGACUCCCGCAACUGCAUAAGUUGAUUUUUACCGUAAAUUAUCACAUCUAUUCGCAUUGACAACUUGUUUUUGCUGACAAAGUUAUAAUAAAUCUCGUUUCGACAAAUUC